CAACACGUUACGCCCACUCUUUUGCGUUUGGCGUAUUACCGCGCUCGAAGAAGAAAGGCGGCACCCAAAAUUCUGCACGCAUGGAAGUUUAAGAAGGGCAAUCAAUCAAAAUUGGUAACUCUUUGGACUAACAAAAGUCAGGUCCGCAUCCAUUCGCCUCCAUCAUCAUCAUCACUAAACGAUAUCGUAAUCGAUUCAGCAUAUACUUGAUUUCUCGGUUUCAUCUCAUCAUUUCAUUCCAGCAUACCGCUUCUUAACAUAUUUUGCCACCUUAUUCUGAUUCGAGAUCCUUCCAUCGUACCCGAUUCAAAAAAAAAACUCGAAAGCGCAACGAUUGUGAUCUGAUUUCUCAGUGACACCUUCAGAAUGGCUACUACAUCAUCUCUACCUGCAGCGCCAGCAGCUGCUUCAAGUGCUGCUCUUGAGACUGCCAUCUCAGAAACAAACGCAAAAGAAUCAGCCAAUGGAGUCGAUCAAACCGGCGCAGAUCAAAGUACAACAUCUGUGAACGGAGCGGAAGAUGCAGAUGAUUCAAUCAGAACAGUAUUCACAGAUCCCGAAAACUUCAACGUCAAACAUCCUCUAUUUCACAAUUGGACUUUAUGGUUCGACAAUCCUUCAGCAAAAGGACUAAGUGUUAAAACACCAGGAGGCAAAGACAGUUGGGGUGAGGAUUUGAACAAGGUGGUGGAUUUUGAUUCGGUUGAAGAAUUUUGGGGAUUGUACAAUAACGUCAUCCCACCUUCUGCUCUACCGCAAAAGGCAAACUACUACCUUUUCAAAGAAGGUAUUAAACCUGCAUGGGAAGACCCAGCAAACACAAACGGAGGAAAAUGGAGCAUUCAACUACCCAGAGAUAAAAGCAAAGCAGGAAUCGAUCGACUUUGGCUUUAUACAAUGUUGGCCGCGAUCGGAGAAACACUUGAAUCACAAACACCAGCAGACACUUCUGACCCUAAUCCCGAUAUUGUCACUGGUGUUAUCAUGUCAGCAAGACCUUCGUUCUAUCGUAUUUCAAUUUGGACUAGAAAAGCAGAAGAUCCCGUCGAAGAAGCAGCGCCAGGAAGUAUCGGAAGACAUUUGCUUGACAUUGGACAACAUUUCAAGACACAGAUUCUAGGGUACGAUCUACACCAAAAAGUCAGUCAUGCAGGAGGAUUGACUAGCGAAGUUGAAUUCCAAAGUCACAAAGAGAGCGAAAAGAAGAAAGGAAAGAAGUUUGUCAUCUAAGGGUCAGUGCGUUUAUCCCUGCUUUUGCAACAAAUCAGGUCGCAUGUUUGAACGUGAGCAAGAAAAGACUGUGCCUACCACCAUAUCAGAACAACGAGACCCCGGCGCAACUAUGGUUACACAUGGAAGAUUUCACGCAGGUCUAGAGAUUCCCCUUCUAACAAUUGGGUUCAUUUUACAGUAUCCGCAUUUUCCAUUCUCACAUUCAUCCAACUUUACCUGGUUCUUGCGAUCACCUCAUGUAUGUUUACUCUCAAAAACCACGCAGUACAUUAUUCUCUGCUAAUGGUAUAUCUCAAAU